AUGGACUCUCGCGAGAAGAAGAGGACAGGCAAGACGGCAGCCUACUUCCACAAAGUAUCAACUCUUUGGAUCAGCAAAUCCUGGGUUGGUUGCAAGGCGAACCAAGGUGUAGCCGGCUUGUAUGAUGUCGUCGCGGCCAACGUCACCAGCCACGCCCAUCGGUUCAAGACGCCUUUAUCUUACGUUAGCUCGGAUGCAAAGGAGCCCGAGACCCAAAACAUGGCGGACCUUGUCAUCAGUCAUGGCGCGGACCCCAAGCCCGUCUUGGAUACGACCCACGAGGAUCAAAUAGUCAGACCCUAUUCCAAAAGCGUAUACCCCAUCUUACGCGACGGUACCAUGCCGGGUGCGCUUGACAAAGAAGAGGACCCAGGUGAUAUAUUUCCAGAGAGCUCCAAGAGGCCAGCGAUACCGGAGAAGUUCACCUUGCAGCCUCCAAUGGCGCAUAUGAAGUACGAGGGACUACAUCCUGUAGGGCUACCACGGCAACAAUUAAACACUUUCCUGGCUAAGAGGCAGGGGAUGCUCGACAAGGGACGUAUCUUUCCGUACCUGAGGUUGUUGACACAUUUCAAACCCUUCCGUUGUCGUAUACGUACUUGGCUCAUCAGCGAGAUGUGUCGCAGAAGUCAGAAGCCAGUUCUCACCUUGCUAUCGUUCGGCUUGUUCCGUUAUAGCUUUCCUGUAUUUUGA